GUCUUGCUGAUUCUGUAAUAGAUAUAAGUAUUUCAGAGUCCGAUUAAAAUACAACAUUGAAAUUUACAUUACCGUAUUGCGAAAAAAGCUACAGUGAUGGCUUUGUUCAAAAAUCCAUUUUCAUUAUAUGUAAUCAUAUUUUUUCAUGGUGUUAUAGGAAUAUCAAGUAUUGACCCAUUAGUCGAAACAAAAGUAGGACUCAUACGAGGGCAGAAAGCGACCGAUGGUGCAUAUUCCAUGUUUUUGGGUAUACCGUACGCAACAGUCGACUCAGCGAACCCAUUUGGUACCUCUUCCCCAUAUCCCAAAUUUUCUGGUGUAUUCGAAGCAUACAACGAUUCCGCUAUAUGCCCUCAAAUUGAAGAGUUCGAGAAUAGUAUAGUUGGUGAUCUUGAUUGUUUACAUUUAAACAUUUACGUACCCAACUCUGCCAGCUCUACAAAUCGUCUCCCUGUGCUGGUGUGGAUAUACGGUGGCAUCUUUAAAAUAGGAUUCUCUGGACGUUACUUAUAUGGACCAAAAUAUUUAGUUCGGCAUGAUAUUAUCUUAGUGACAGUUAACUAUCGUGUUGGACCAUACGGGUUCAUGUGUUUGGAUACGCCCGAAGUACCAGGAAAUCAAGGACUUAAAGAUCAACUAGCAGCAUUGAGGUGGAUAAACGAUAAUAUUGAGGCAUUUGCAGGUGAUACUAAUAAAAUUACAACAUUUGGAGAGAGUGCAGGAGGCGCAUCUGUUGAUUUGCUUCUAUUGUAUGCUCAAGAAAAAUUAUUUAAUAAAGUAAUAAUGCAAAGUGGUACGUCAUUAUGUCCUUGGGUAAUAACAGAACCGGACAAAGAGGCUCCUUUAAAAUUAGCUAACUAUUUGGGUUAUCCGACAAAUAUUACAGACGAGGCCUUACAAUUUUUAGCAACCAUUGAUACUACCUUGGUGAUUGCAGCAACAGAUGAAUUAGAAUUGUCAUUUAAACCAUGUGUAGAAAAAAAAAUUGACGGUAAUGAAAUUUUAAUAACCGAACACCCAAAUAAUGUAGAACCUAGAAAUUUUAAUAAUAUAACUCUUAUCAUAGGUUUCAAUAAUGAUGAACUGCACGCUUCAUAUGAUGAUACUAAUGAUAAUUCAAAAAUUUUUUAUACAUAUUUAACAGAGACUUUCAAUUUUGAAAAUGAACAACUAAUUCAAAUGGAAAAAUAUGUAAGACAUUUUUAUAUAGGAGACGAAGAAAUUAAUGUGAAUGUUAAAUCUAAAAUAACUGACUAUAUGUCAGAUUUGUACUUUAUUUAUCCUUCUUUUAGAAGCUUACAAAAAUAUCUUAAUAAUGGUGCUGUUAUAUUUCAUUAUAUGUUUUCUUACAACGGUGGCAGAAACUUUGUAAAGGACAAAGAUAAUAUUACAACAGGAAAUGCUUUGCAUGCAGAUGAAAUUGGUUACUUAUUUGAUAUAUCUUAUAUGGAUGACAAUCCGACAGCUGAAGAUCAAUUAGUUAUUGAUCGAAUGACUACAUUAUGGGCAAAUUUCGUUAAAUUCGAUGACCCGACGCCGGAGACUACAGACCUAUUACCAGUAAAAUGGCCAGCCAGCACAAAAGACAUACUGUUUUACUUGAACAUUGAUCGAGAUAUCGACAUAAAGAAAAGACCUUUUCAUGAAAGGAUGACCUUCCUAGAUCUCUUCUUCGACCUCAAUAGGCAGUACCUUAAAGGAUAUAGCACUAACGAUGCAUAAACUCAUUUCUUAUUCCUUAUAGUAAUAAUGUAGGCAUUAAAUAGAUCAACAAAUAAUAGCUUUUACUUUAGGUUAAAAAAUAAUUGAAAUUUGUGUUUAAUAAAUGCUGACCAAAAAAGAAA